AUGGAAAGUGGCCAGGCUAUAGAGAUAAAGGUCGAAGAUCAUAAUCAGCAAGACAUUGCCACAUAUAUCCAGGAUACCCUUACCAUGACAGAGGCCAAAGACAAUGCCAGUCAGAAUACCAGGGAGAUGCUGGUUAAGAAAUUGACCCAGCAAGCAAAUGGAGUGUUCCAAUGGAUUCAUACUGUACUCCCAAUUAUUGAGCAGAAGGUUCGGGAAAAGGAGUUAUUUGAAGAUAUCUGUUGCUGGUUACAUGAGGUUCCAGCCGGCCUUGAAGAUGUCUACAUGUAUAUUCUGAAUAACGUGAUAGAGACCAGUAACCGUGAGCAGUCACUGCUGUUCUUUCAAUGGGUAUGCCUGGCUGAGCGACCCUUAACUGUGGCCGAGAUGCGGUAUGCUUUGGUGGCUAAGCACGUGCGGGAACCGCUGUCUCCAAAGAAAUGGGAAAGGAUUCCCGGUUUCAUCGAAAGCAACGAACGCAUGCUGGGAAGAAUCAAGGCUCUUUCUGGAGGACUGGCCGAAGUCGUCCCCAGUACGGAUAAUAAUGCCACUGUACAGGUGGUGCACCAGUCGGUCAAUGAUUUCUUGCGCACAAAAGGGCUCAAGGUUUUGUGCCAUAAUAUCGGCAUGAGCAUGUCGUCCAUGAACGAAGAUAAAAUUCUUUCUCAAUGCCAGGCAACUCUCUACCGGUCGUGUUUAGUUUGUCUUGCAACAGCUCAUAUACUGGCAGAAACCACUGAGUUCAAAAGGACUAAAAAGAACGUUACCCAAGAUCAUCCGUUACUUCAAUACGCCACUAUAAAUCUCUUUAUUCACGCAGAAAAGGCUACCGACUUUCGUUGUGAUGUUCUGCCUAAUGAGAAGGAGAUUCUACAAAAGGUGCUCAUUUCUUGGGUCCAGAUUUAUCAGAAGCUGGAUAUGACUAGCAGGGCAUGUCCACAAAGAGGCACAACGCUAUUACAUAUGGCUGCCGCUGCCAAUCUUGUGGAUCUCAUAGAACCUUUGUUAUCGAAUAAUGAGGAUUCUGCGGAAAGGAACAGUGGUGGAGAUACAGCAUUUCACUUGGCAGCCAGUGGUGGUCAUAUAAAAGUCGGUGAAAUACUCCGAAGAAAGGGAGCAGACCAAGAGGCAAAGGACCACUUAGGCAACACCCCAUUAUCUAAGGCAGCCAGUGGUGGACAUAUAGAAUUUGUCGAAUGGGCCCUAGAUAAGGGCGUGAAUCUGAAAAGAAACGGAGAUGGAGGUGCACUACAAGCAGCUUCUUUGGGAGGCUAUGAAAGUGUUGUACAGAUACUGCUCAGAGCUGGAGCCGAUGUCAACGCCCAGGGUGGUGGAUACGGUAAUGCCCUACAGGCUGCUGCAUGGAACGGAAGCCCUGAGAUAGUGCAGAUACUGCUCAGAGCUGGCGCUGAUGUUAACGCCCAGGGUGGUUACUUCGGUUAUGCCCUACAGGCCGCUGCAUUUAAUGAAAGCCCUGAGACAGUGCAGAUACUGCUCGGAGCUGGCGCUGUUGUUAACGCCCAGGGUGGUCACUUCGGUUAUGCCCUACAGGCCGCUGCACUUAAUAAAAGCCCUGAGAUAGUGCAGAUACUACUCGGAGCUGGUGCUGAUGUCAACGCUCAGGGUGGCAGAUACGGUAAUGCCCUACAGGCCGCUGCCGCUCCAUAUAAAGGAAGCCAUAAGACAGUGCAGAUACUGCUCGGAGCUGGCGCCAAUGUCAAUGCCCAGGGUGGCUUUUUCGGCAAUGCCCUACAGGCCGCUGUAUGCAAUGAAAGUCCUGAGACAGUGCAGAUACUGCUCGGAGCUGGUGCUGAUGUCAACGCCCGGGGUGGUAGACACGGCUCACCUCUCUUGGCGGCUAUUCAUGACGGCUAUUUUGAUAAAGUUCAGCUUCUUCUUCAUGCUGGCGCGAAUUCAUUACUUGCAGAUGAACUCGGCCGCACUCCUCUUCAUAUUGCUGCUUCAAGAGAUAUGCUCCACAUACUGCGUCGCUUUCCACAACUAGCGUCAGACCUCAACAAGCGUAGUGAUUUCUUACAAACUCCUCUCCACCUGGCAGUUUGUCAUGGUCACAUUAGUUUUGCUAUUGCCCUUCUCAAUUCUGGUGCUGAUCCUUCCCUCCUGGAUGGUUAUGGUCGACAUGUUAUGGACUGGGCAUCCAAUCACGAAACCCUGCUACAGGAAAUACAUAAUCAUUGCUCUGAUCUAGUGUUAACACCUCCUGCUACUCAAGAGCUAACUGUUCAUCGAUCACUCAUCGAACUCACUGAGUCGCUUCUAUAUUCCAAAUCCAAACCUUCAUGGCCCAUUUUACAACAAUUAGGCCGCUACUUUUUGUUUCUUGGCCAAUUCGACAAAGCGCGCUAUCUGUUCCAGCUCCAUCUGUCUCGAGAUGCUUCCUCCAAAGAAGAUAUUUGGCAGAUCUCCUGCAAUACGUGCAACUUCGCUAUCACCGGGACUCGCUUUGUAUGCAAAGUGUGCGCCUGUAUCGAUCUCUGUUCCUCCUGUGUACAGAGGUACCCCUGCCAUAGCCGAUUGCAUCCAAAUCAAGAGCACGAAGUCUUUGAGGUGCCCAAUGUGCCUAACAAAAACUCCCCAUUCACCGGGCUAGCAUCAGAGCGAUUUAAUCUUUUCUUGAACAAUAUUGUUCAUGGACAUCUCGAGGAAAACGCUGGUCAAUCUGAGCAAGAGCUAUUCAAUGAUUCUAUAUUUGCUCUGGCACUGAGGGAGAUAGCUCUAGUUCCAAAGACAGCUUUCAGCUUGGUAACAACCAUCUCUGGGAUCAUAUUCAGCGUUUCCGCUCUUUUGUUAGGAGCUUGGUAUUUUAUAGCAAGGUAA